AUGGACCAAACGGGGAAUGGGUUUAGAAUAGACUACAAUACUGUUUGCGGUUUGGAAUUGCUUCCACAGGAACGAUGCGGUCUUAUAGCCACCUAUCGAUUGCCUCUUAGUGAUUUACUUAAUAGUGGUACAAUUGCACCUCGAUGGAUAUCUCUUCUCCAAGUGUCCUCUACGUCGAAGUCGUCAGGAUUUCAAUUAUCAGAGUCAUGCCAUUUGGAGUUGCCUUAUCGUCUUGCUGGAGCAAUUAAAAUAUCUGCAAAUUUCGAAGCCAAUUCUUCUCAAAGAAACAUACUAGAAGAUAUAUUUUUUGUGGCAUCACACAGAGAUAUUCAAUCUUCACGCCCACUAGGCUUCAAUCUGUCUUCACGUUGGUCAACUUCAAAUAUUCUUGGAACUAUGAACGAUUUUCAUUCGUCAUACGAUUUUUGGCAAUUCGCCUUGCACUUCGAAUUACUUCGUCUUCCAACACAAUCAGCUCUUCUUGAUGCUUUUGGAUCGGCAGCUCAUAAAGAACGCAGCUUAUAUUGCCACUUCUUCAUUCAAGCCAUUUUAGGUCCUGUUACCAAAAUUUCUAGCGCUCGUUCUCUGCCACAAACUACAAAGGACAGUGGUUAUGGUAUUGUGAAGUUUCAGGAUACGCUUACUUUUGAAAGCCUUCUCGUGCCAGAUUUUGAGGGAUCAGUGUUGGAAAUACAAGUCUGGUUAUCAAGUGUUAACUUGAACGAAACUCCUAUCACAUUCGAAAAUCCUACUUCUCGACUAUUGGGGACUCAGUCACCCUCUGAUUCUGAACAGGUUUUCUACUGGUGCAGUCGAUCAAAUGACGUUCCAUUGAAUACUGUUUCCAAUUGUAUUUGCAUUCCAGUUUAUCCUCUGGUUCAGUUCCCUUCUUCCACAGUAGUGAGUGAGUGUUGGAUCGCUUUCAGAGCAGAACGCUCUCUCACAAAGACUGGGAUUGGAAUUGGCGGGAAUAUAUCGGCAGAAGGUGCUCUUGUCUGGUACUUAGAAGACUAUUUUCGAACCUCUUCCUCGAGAAUUCUACAGUCUGGAGUUCACAGCACAGAAACGUUCCCAGUUUAUGUGGUCAUUGAACGCGCCAAUCGACUUUCACCCGAUUCUUCAUUAAAGAAUAUUGAAAAUUUGGAAUCUUUUGCAACAUUUGUGGUAGCCAGUGAGAACCCGUCAACAGAAAAUUCUCAUAGGACCGUGACUACUCCACCUGUUCUCAAUCGAUUAGAACCGGUCUGGAAUUAUUACCGUUACGCACUUCUUCCUUACUCCCUCAUAAAUGAUGAUUCUAAAGCUCUAACCGUGGAUGUGUGGCAGAGGACACAAGGCGAUCAGCAAUUGAGUCACUUGGGAAGAGCUAAAAUUCCACUUUCUACGAUAUCGUUACCGAGUUCUUCAUCUAAUAGCUCUUCAGUGGGCCUUGAAUUUGUGCGAGGUUGGUACGAGAUCUAUGAUGAACAUGAAAAUUCAAAAGGCCAAAUUCUAGUUGGCGUCUAUCCACUAGGAGAUAAGGAAGAAAAUCCAAUGAACGCUUCUCUCUGUCCCCGACUGAAAAAUCUUCUGAACCCUAAUAAGAGUAUUGAGAUUGAGGAGAAUCAUACAGAGUAUUGCACUACCAAUGGAAAAGAAGUUUCUGUCUUCAAUCAACCUCCAAUCAUGGAAAAUUCCUUUCAUGUCACUUUCGAAAAUCGAACGAAAAACUCUCCAGUUUCCUGGGAAUUAGAUCCAGAGCUGCAGGCCACAAAUACCUCGUUCCUUUUAAAUUCUCUUCAAUCGAAAUUGGAAGAACUUGAUAUUCAAAACGCUCGUUUCAAGCAAAAACUUUCAAAUUUAAUGAACAGUGAACCUAAAGAUACUUUCAACACGACGAAUCCUCCCGUUAAGGAUCUAGAGAACUCGCAUGUCAAGGAUUUACUUUUCUCAGGAUCUUUGAGUGUCUUAAAUCACGAAGAAUCAGAAGAUUUCAUCAUUUACCCAUUUAAGGGUACAGACACUUAUUCUAGGAUCAUGGUUUCAUCUCCUGAACCAGGUUGUUCUUAUCCACCUUCCGUAUUUGAAGAAUCCCCAAUAAGUGAUUUUCAGGAAGUAAAUAUUGAUUAUCCGGAAGGCAUUAACGGCAAAAUAAACGUUUCGGAACUAAACUCAGAUGAUGAAGAACAAAUGGAGAACAAUGAUGCAGUUAGUCUAGCUUCAACGGCCACUUUAUCUUCUGUCAGUUCAUUGCUGCUGAGAAAUCGUUUCAGUGAAAUCGGCACAGAAGAGGCGUCGAUUCCAAAGAAUGGUGGUUUUGAUUGCCCUUCCACUUGGUCAGUGUCAAGCACAAACGUGGAGGAAUACAUUCAACGUUUUCGACAGGCCCUGCAAGAGAUGAAAGUUAGUCAUUUGCACCAGGAAUUCUGUCAAUCAAAUCAAUUCAUUUCCAAAUAUGAGGCUAUUGCGGAUAUAUCUAAGAGUAAUACGGUUCGAAUGGUCGAUACAAUUUCCAUUAAUGAUGACAAAAAGACGGAAGCUUUAUGUGAUCCUGGAAGCAAAUCAGAGCUGGAACAGACGAUAGCCAAUUUAAAGCAAGAUCAGGUCUCCACCGAUCCUUUAGAUUCUUUUAGGGAAUCCUGGAAUACCCCAAAUUCACUAAGCUUUCAGCACUUCUACCAAGAUAUGACUGAGGUAAGUUAUGGCAUAUUGUGUUCUAGCAGAGAUAUGCAAUCUUAA